AUGCGGUUCUGGUCAGAAGAAAUUCUCUUGGUCUUCUUGGACUUCGCAGUACCAGGUAUCAUGGUUCUCGUCUCAAUGGCUUCAACCACCUCCCCCAGCCCUGUACCCAGUUCUCCUGUCCGCUUCGAAACUCCAACGCCGGAUCUACGUCCUCAGCCACUCCGCCUUUCCCAAGGCAAGCAAAAGACUGCUACUCACCCAAGAGCAUACGAAAAAAGCCCACAUGCUAGUUUCUUGGUACACACAGAACAAGACAACGACGACGAGAUACAUGGAACCACGGCCACAAUGCCAGUUCCAGGGGGGCUCACCAACCAACUCCGUAGUCAAUCAGCACGGCUUGGUUCGUUAGUUUCCAAAUUCGAGGUCUUAGAUGCCGUGAACAACGCGGAUGCAGAGUCAUCACGAAUUCCUCGUCUGUCCAGGAGCAAGCAGGGACUAGGUAGUCCUGUGGCUCCUGUCAAAACGCCACCUACUCUCGCGCCGGCUACGCGUAGAGCUCUGCAGCAAUCGACGCCUGCCUCGAAAUCUAGUGCGAUAGACAGUUCAAGUGAGCCAUCUUCGAAACAUGCUGAACACGCAAGACCCACUGCUCGACGGUCACAACUGCCAACCAGCACUCGUGUCAAAAGCUCAACUACGGGCAACAUAGGCGAACCUCCACAGACACCGAGCGCACGGCAGUCUCCUCGAUCUCUACCUAUCGAGACAGAAACCAUGAGCGGUUCUCUGUCUGCUGGCACCACAGUCUCACCCAGCAAAGCGAGUGGAUGGGAUCCCAGGCUUGUCAUGGGCCGCAAGAAGGGGCUUGAUAACGAAGAGUAUUCACCUUUUAGACCUCCUAAAUCUCUUCUUGACCCCACGGCUUUCCGUGUGCAGCAGCCAAGUAUGCUCCUGAACAGCUCGUCUCGACGACUUCCACAAUCCAACUCGUCGAAGACCAUACCUGCCAUCACGACUAGGUCUGUCCAACGAGAACGACCCAGUGUUGCUGACCUCCGCAAGUCAUUCGAGAAAGGCUCCGCAGUACCCCCAGCAUCUGAAAUUGCGGACACUCCGGCUGCUUUCACUCGCAAAUCCACCAGUUUCCAACAUCCUGCUCUCCUUGAAAACCCGCUAAUCGGUGGGUUACAAAGCGGAAUAACAGGAGACAACACAAGGGCUGAUAAGACGGCUGAUUUCUCUGACGUGAAUCACAUUGAUGCCAGCCGGCGAAGCAAGGAUUUCGGUACUCAGACACACCUGUCGUUUCCAAGUCAACUUUGCACGACUAGGAAAGGCGCAUUCCAAGAAGUAAGCGAGCCGGUCCAUCGGGACAGCAAAGUCGGCGACCUUCGAAAACUGUUCGACCGCUUUAAGCAUGUGGAGGAUUCCGAGCCGACAACUUCGAUCACCUCAACUCCCGUCUCACAAUCUACUCCCCCGGCUUUGACGACCACGAUCAGCACCGACGACUUCACCUGCGACUUCAAGAAUGACUUUAGUGUAACCUUGAAACCCGCUGUCACUGUCACUCAUGACUCGCCCUUGAAAGAUCGAAUAAACCGGUUUGAACAACUAAAGGACGAACCUGUACAACCGAUACCGAAAUCAUACGAGGGCCGGCAUCCUUCCCUUACACAGUCAUUCGAGGGUAAUCACACCGAAGAAUACUACACCGCUUCGUAUAGAGAAUCAUCGACAAGCAUGGACCACAGCCGUUCACCUCUAUACCGCACUGUAUUUCCCUUGCUACCUGCUCGCAAGAGUUUCCCCCUGAUGCAACGCUUUUCUAGUGGUGGAGUGGCUCCUCACAUAUUUGGCCUCGAUGGUGCGAACAAUUCCACAAUCCAUAUUCCAGACGCGGAUGUCUUUUCAGACAAUGGCGUUGCUAGACCAAGCAGUAGACCAGGAAAAGGCAAUAGCAACGAGGCCUCGCAUCACGGCAGCCCCUCGAGCGACGCAAAUCGUGGCACAGUCCCUCCGAGCAAAAAGCUUUUGAAGCAAGCUGCGACGCAGGAACGUGCCGCACGUAGAGAAGAGGAAAGGCGGCAAAAGCAACAAAGGAGAGAGGAGCGUCAAGGCCGUAUCGCACAGAGAUUGCAUAGAAUCCAGACGGGCAGCCGGCCGAACGUAUCUAGCCUAAAAGAUACCCCUAAAGAUAAAGAUCGCGUGUGGGAUAAGCAAACAGCAAGUGGAUUCAUGGUACGUCAGACUAAAUUAGAUUCUGGCGAGGUGCUUCAGCCGAAGCCACAGCGACCGGGGCAGGUGAAGAAGGUUGUCAAUUUCUACAAGGAGACAAGUACAAGUAUGCUGCGUUUGGUUAGUGGUGGUCAUUACGGUGGAAGCAAAGAAACAAGCAAGGAAGGCAGCAAAGAGACCCUUGACGGCGAUAACGAGGUUCGAAAUACUCUCGAGCAAAAGAAGAGCAGUUGGAGAGGCAAGAGCAAGGGCAAGGAGAAGGCAAGACCCUUCACGCCUAACAACGGUUAG